AUGAAACCAAUUGAAAUUGUUUAGCUAAUUCAAAAUUUCUAAAAGCAACAGAACUACCCAAAUAUAGUAUACAUUAUAUCUUACAAGUAUUUAUAUAUUCUCUAUUUAUUAGUUGGAUUCAAAAUUUUAUUGAUUCUGCCAAAUUUUAAGGUAAUAAAUUACUACCUAUGAAACCUAUUAAUCAUGAUAUUGUUGAUGAAAUUAAAUCUAAUAUCAUUUAGUAAUACAUAUUUAAAAUUAUUAGAUAUCAAGAUGAUAUUUUCAAUUCAUUUUUAAAAGAUAAUUUAACAUUAAAUGUAGAUUACAUUUAUAUUAAUGAAUUGAUAUGGUCAAAUUUAAAUGUAAUCUUAUUAAUAAUUUGAAGACUCUUUAUGAUGGGUAUUGUGUUAAAAGAUAAUUGACAAAUUUUAAUUAAAUCAACCAAUUUAAUAUUUUUAACUUUAUUCCUAUUUAUCAAUCCUAACAACAUUAUAUUGAGGGAAUUUAAUAAUUUGAUUCCACCUGGAAUAUUUAAUAAAUAUAUACAAAUCUAGAAAAUGCAUUAUAAAAUUAAUUAUUACUCUCAAUUCCAAAAUCAAAUUUCAUUAAAUUGUAUAUUCUUAAGAAUGAGGAUCAAACCAAUUUUGUUCAAAUUAUUUAAGAAUUAAGGGAAAAAAAGAUAGAAUUAGAAAUUCUAGUAGAUACAAUUCAGUUACAUAAUAAAAAAUAUAUUAUAAUGGAUAUAAAGUAAAUGAAUAAGGGAUUCUAUUUGAAUUAAACAAUACCUACAAAUUAAAUUAGAAAUGAAGAAUAAAUAAGUUAUGAAUAUUUUGAAGAUUACAGAAAAGGAUUAUCUAUAUUCGAAGAUCAAUAAAGUUUAUUAAGUUGUAUGUUAAAAUGCUAUGAAAGUAUAGAUGCUAUAAGAAAUUAAAUCUUUAAUGAUUAAUCUGAAAAAUAUAAGAAUCUGAAGUAAAUAUUAGAAGAAUCAUAUUAUGGAUUUAGUGAAUAUGUUUAUUAUGAUUAAUUAGAUUAUGAAUUCUUUGAAGAGAAAUAGGUAACUAUAACAAAAUCUCGUUAUGAUGCAGUAUACAUUUAUAAUAAUGAAAACAGAAUAAUAAUUAAUAAUUAAAAGAAUAUUCGUUAAUUGGUGGAGUCUUUAUUAAGUCAUCCAUAAUUGUAAUGUGAUUUCAAUUCAGUCUUAUUUGAGAGUAGUAAUGAAUAUUAUACUGAAGAUAUUGAUUUUACAAAACCAGCUUAUUGUUUAAAGGAAGGAUAUACAUAUUAAUUAAGGAAAUUGAUGUGUUAAGAACAUAAUAUUAAUAAUGAAGAUCGAAUAUAAAUAAGAGUUCUUUAAUGUCUAUAUGAAAAUAUUGGUUAUCAAGAAUACAAAUCUUUUGCCCCUAUAUAAAAAUGUUACAUAAGUCAAUGGAAUAAUUUAUAAAAUCUGCAUCUAUUAAUAGCUAAUUUAUUUGAAGAAAUUAAUUAAGAGAAUUAUACAUAACAUAGAUUGAAUAAGAAAUAUAGUUUGUAUUUCCAAACAGAUUAAUAAGGAUAAAAAAUAUGUUCAUUUUGUUUGCAGAAAUUCUGUAAUAAUUGUUAAGUACCAUUUAAUGAUAAACCAUUGAAAUUUGGUAAAAGAAUAAUCAACAUUUAUGUGAUAUAUCAAGAAAUGUAAAUUAAAGUUCCUCGCUUUUAACCUUAAAUCUUUGAUAAUUAUUUCCUAAGAGAAUAUUUUGAGGUGGAUUGGGCUUAAGAUUAAAUUCUAAUUUUGAACAUAAAUUAAGAUUAAAUCAAACCUUAUAAUGUUAAAUAUUAUUUUGAUUCACGUAUGUACUUAUUUAAUAUUUCAGAUCUUUAUUAGUUAUAUGGAAUAAUAGAAAAGGUAUCAUAAUCUGAAUAUUAAUGCUAUUGUAGAAAGAAUUAAUUAUGGUAUAAAUUUUCAUAAAAUAAAUAUGAGUAAGUUGAUAAUCUAAAUGAUGAUUUGAAUGUAAUUAAACUGUUUUAUAUAAGAAAAUGA